GCUGGCGGCAUCGCCAUGUCAAUGACGGUGAAUCUGACCGGACCGGCCCCCUGGGGCUUCCGUAUCACGGGAGGAAGGGACUUCAGGAAGCCCAUCAUUGUGUCCAAGGUGACGGAGCACGGGAAGGCAGCUGCAGGGGACCUCCGACCUGGUGACGUCAUCGUCUCCAUCAAUGGCGACAGCACGGCCGACAUGCUCAAUGUGGAGGCGCAGAACAAGAUCAAGCAGAGCUCCGGCCGGCUCCAGCUUCAAGUGGACAGGUCCCAGUUGUUCUCUCCCCACCAGACCAACGGUGAGAGCUCCCCAGAGAUGUUGGCCAUGCGGUUCCAGGAUGUCGUACGAACCAGGGAUGACAGCCAGGGCUCGGUGAGGUCCUCCUACUCCAGCCCGGCGUCCCUCAGCCCCCGGCCUGGCAGCCCCUUCUCAUCCUCGUCACCCGGGUACCGGCCCGGCAGCCCCUAUAGCCCCCAGAGGCCCAGCCUGCCCUCCGAGGGCAGAGGGGAGACGGUGGCGAGCAGCUGCAGCUUCCAGUCUCUGACCAGUUCUCCCAGUGUCUUUGAGGAUCGCUCCCCCUCACCCCACGGGCACCAGCGUCCAGGCAGCAGACAGGAGCGAGGCAGCUUGUGCCACCCGAGCAGCUCUCCAGUUGCAGCUCUGCCUCUGAUCAACCGCACACCAUCCCCUCUCGGCCCCUGGGAGAUGGGGAGGGCCCCGGGCAGGGCCUCGCCCUCGUACAGCCCCCGCAACAGCCUGGACUCGGAGCCGGCCAUGCGGCGCUUGGAGGAGGACUCCGAGGUCUACAAAAUGAUGCAGGAGAACCGUGAGAUCCGGGCCGCUCCGCGGCAAUCCAACACCUUCCGCCUGCUCCAGGUGGCUCUGGAGACUGAUGGUGGAGCGGGCACCACGACCCCCUUUCCCAGCAAGCUGUCCCCCAGCACCCACAAGCCAGUCACCAGCUCCGUGGCGGGGGUUCAGAAGCUGCACACAUGUGAGAAGUGCGGCACUGGCAUCACGACCCAGGCGGUGAGAAUCCAGGAGAGCCGGUACCGCCACCCCUCCUGCUACAUCUGUGCCGACUGUGGCCUCAACCUCAAGAUGCGGGGCCACUUCUGGGUGGGCGAGGAGCUGUACUGCGAGAAGCACGCCCGCCAGCGCUACCAGGGCCUCGGGGAGGGCGCCGCCGCUGCCACGGCCAUCUCCUCCAAGUCCUGA